GUGCAGAAAUGUUACGCAUUUCAGCUGCAGCUUUAAUACUCUUUGGGACAGGUUUUCUCCAAGUUAUGUUUUCGAUAGCAAGUAUACUGGCUCGUCCAGGACAAAAUGUCACGAUGUGGUGUCCACACAAUAUCCAUGUUACUGGAAAUCUGUUCUGGUUCAAACAGACAGACGGUGCUGUACCAGUUGCUAUUGUGCACAUGUCAUACACCGAAAGUCUUCGGGAGGUUGAGCCAAAUUAUUUCAACAAUUUCACAAAAGACCACAUGGUCAUGGAUCAGUUCAGCAAAAAUACCUCCCUAACAAUUAAGCAAGUUAAAAUGUCUGAUUCUGGCUUCUACUUUUGUGGAGCUAAAGGAUAUCACAAAUUUGGCAAUGGAACAAGGCUUCAAGUGAAAGAUCAUGAGCAAUCAUCCGUGUCUAUUGAGGACUGUUCUAGAGGCAUCUAUUUCAAACUGACCCUCCUAUUUGGUGGAAUCAUUUUUUUUACAUGUAUUGUUCCUCUUAUUUUGGCGAUUAUCAGGGAACACAGAAGACAGAAGCAUAAAAAAGCAGUCGCUGAAUGUCAAGCACAACAACAUAAUGACAAGGAAAAUGAUUCAGUAGAAUAUGCUGCUGUGUAUUUCUCAAACAAGAGACCCAAAACAGCAAGACGACAUACGAAGGACCCAACUGCUGUGUACACUAAUACUACUUGAAAAAGGAAAUAU